UGCAACAUGGCUGCGCCCAGGGAAGAGGCGUGAUUCUGCUCGUCCUGUUUUCUCUUUGCAUUUGCUGCGGCUCCGUUUGCGACUUGCUCGUUCGACUGUCCUUUGUGGCCCAGAAGAUUAAAGGAUCUGCAGGAGAGAACUUGAACAGGGAACAAAACCAUGCCAGCAUCUUUGAAGAAACUUCAGCAAAUGGCUAUUUAUCUGGGAAUUGUAUCUGGUGGGGGAUGUGCGCUUAUGUAUUACUUCAUGCAAAAGAGCUUUGCCAGAACACAGUACUAUCAACAAGCUCUUGAGCAAUUGCGUAUGGACCCAGAAGCCCUGGAGGCACUUGGCGCUCCGCCACUUAAAGUACAUUACAUCAAGCUGACAGACAAGUACAAUUGUGUUGAUGUAUCAAGAGCACAGAUAAAGAUACCAGUAUCUGGAACAAAGUCAGCUGGAUACCUUCAUGUCAGUUCAGCAAAAGACUUCUCCCUCAACAGGUGGCGUCUGCAGGAAGCCACAUUACAACUCCGAAAUGGUCAUCGCGUACCCGUGUACCAUUCGUCGAUGAAGAACGCUAUCCAGGAUGAUAUGUAACUGCAGCCUACUCAAGUACUUUCCUAUCCAAUGAACAGUUGAAUUGAAACCUUCAAGAUGAGCAAAGAGUGCCUGUCUUUUAAAAAAUAUGGUG